GCUAAUGUGGGCCAUUUAGGGCAUCCAGGUGCCUGCAUGGCCGACCUCCGGCUGCUCCCGUCUCAACACCCCACUGGCUUGGCGCUUCGCUCCCUUCGAGCGCAACGCCUUGCGGUGAGCUGGUCGGGCCCUGCCAUCAAAAGGUUGGGGAUCGCGCCAUGCGGUUCCUCGGAGCGGGCGGCGCUUGCCGCGGGGAUCGCGGCCCUGGCGAGGCGAAAGCGGCCGCGCGAGCCGCGCCUGCGCGGCCGAGCGGGAGGAGAUGGCGUGAAGCUUAGCGCGCCCUUCCAAACAAAGAUGCGGGUCUACAUCGAAGAUACGGACUGCUUCGGCGUGGUCUUCUAUGCCAACUACUUCCGCUUUUUUCAGCGCGCCCUGUGCGAGCUCUAUGCAUUUUCUGGCUGGCAGCAGCCGUUUAUCGUCGGCAUCCGCCAAGCGCGGUACAAGCAGGCGGCGAAGCUUGGGGACCUGGUCACUGUACAGGUGGAGCCGGACGUGGCACCGGACGACAGCUCGGAGCUUGGCGAGUGGUGGCACGUGACAGCAAGGACGGAGGAGGAUUGCGUCACCGCUGUGGUGCAGGUCACGGACGGCCAACUGGACCUCGGCCGCGGGGAGUUUCCGGCCAUGGCGUCGAGCGGGCCACCCACCGAGAUCUCCCGCUUCGAGCGUCACGCCUUCCCGGUGCCCAGUCUGCACGACCUGCUGCGCUGGGAACCAGCGCUCCAGGUCCGACGCGUUGGGAGGGCCCCAGGCGCUGCAGGACGUGGUGGACCUGGGGAUCCUCAUCGUUGUGGCGCGCAUCGACCGCCUGGAGUACUUCCCCUCCCUGGUGCCCAGAGGCGACUCCGCAUGGGUGGUGCGCAGUCACGUGGACUACAAGCCACGGCGUGGCCAGAUGAUUUGUGAGGAGCGCCUCUACGAAGCGGGCGAGGCCGACGUCUGUGUGGCGCGGGUCUUGGUGCGGUGCGUCUGCAUCAGCGAAGCCACGCGCCGCAUCGUGCGGGGGCCCCCUGAGCUGGCGGCGAUGAUCGGCCGCGCGCGCGGUGAGUGAGUGCGCGGGGCCCAUCGAGCCAUCAAAACCGGGUACCUGGAGCCUCCAUGACCCUGAACAAAUGGCUGCC